UUAACGUACUUGAUACAUACCAAAAAAGUAUGUUAACCAUAAAAAUCAACUGAACUUUUUGCAAUAUGUAUUCCUGGCUUAUAAAAACGAUUUUAAAGAAGAUGAAGUAAAAUCUAAGUGAUUUUGAGUGAAAUAUAAAUAAUUAUGACGACCAUGGCAACCUGUGAUAAAGAAAAAGAAAAUCUUGAAGCUGCUGUUUUAGCUCCUACUGUUAUCAAUGAAUCAUUUGAAGAAGAUAGUCCAAGCCAAGACCAAGUAUCUAAUAAUUCAGUGGAACUUGUCAGGAAAUGUACCACUCAAAAUCAUCACGACACAUCUUGGGAUCAGAGUCACUAUAUGAGUGCUAAUAAUAUUUCCAGUGGAGAUUUCAAAGAUAGUAAACGAAAUCUGACUCCACCAUUUAUGAGUAUAAUAGCUGAUGCAAGUCCUACGGACAGUAGAAUUCAUAUUUGCACCCAGACGGAGCUUAUGGUAUCAAAUCUAGACUUAGUUGACAUAAAUUUAUCGUUGAAUAAAGAUUUUCAGUUAGAGGAUUCUGUGUCUAAUGACAAUGAUACUGAGAGUUCUUCGGCUAGCAAACGGUACAGACGCAAUUCCUUUGAUGAUGUUGCGGAAUCAAGACCACGAAAAAAAACGAAGUGUAUCGAUUCAUGUACAUCGAGUUGCACUGAUGAAACUGACUCUAAGGCCCAAGAAUCUUCAAGCAGACUAGGCUCCGAGUCGGACAUUUCGUUCAAAUCGAUCAAAAGUAAUUAUUCCUAUAAGACUCGUAAAGGAAGAAGAAAGUCGGACUCUAACUUGAUUCGAGAUGUAUUGCAACGGUCAAGGAGAUUCAACAGCUUUGAAAAGACUAAUUACUCAGAAACGAAUACGUCAGGGACUCCAAGAAGGGAGAAAUCGCAUCGCCGUUCCAAUCAUACAAAGGUUUGGAGGAUUAUGGAUAUUUGCUCUUGGAUUGGUAAGAAGGGUUACCAGUCUAUAACAGGAUUAUAUUCGGAUGUACUCCAGGAACACACAGGGAAUAGGGCAAAUGGCGAUAGUGAUUUUGUAGAAGAAGUGAAACAACUGCAGAGGAUGGUGGCAGAAAUAGACCAGAGGCAUACUAGUAUCAUAAACAACCUGACUCAGGAGAACGAAACACUUCGGGAGGAGAUGAGGAAGAUGAUGAAUAAAAUAGCAGAGUUGGACAAUAAGCUCAGUAGUCAGACACUAUCACGUCCGCCGUGCGCGCCGCCACCUCCUCCUCCACCUCCGCCUCCGCCCCCGCCCCCGCCCCCGCCGCUUCAGAUAGAGAAGAAACCACUCGUGCGUGCACACACGAUACCUAGAUGCGGCUCAGCUCCACCCAGCAUCACAGGGCCGCGGCUCACCAUCACGCCUCAGGAUAUAGCUAACGUGAAGCUAAGAAAAACCAGGGACAACCCUGUAAGGCCUAAACCAACGCCAAAAGAAGCCCAUCAGCCGCUUGUAACACAGGAUAUGUUGGAAGCGACAAGAGCUAAACUCGGCCGCAACCGCCCAGUGGCCGCCUCCACGCCUAAACAACUUCUUUCGGAAUUUGAAAAGUGCCUAUUGCAGGAGUCGCCCAUGACGUCACUUUACCGACGGCGAAUCACGCGCGGCACGUUUAGAAGUGGGGAAGAGUUACGCGUUCGACCAUAUCCUGCUUCUCGUUGUACACGGUCCCCACUCUCCCCUCGUUCUCCACGUUCUAGCUCCUUGCCCCGAAACCCCGCUUCCCCACUCAAGUUCCCAUUAUUUAGCCCCAGUAUACCUAAUAAAUAGCUGACUCUAUUUUCUAUAUCUCGAUAACGAUGAUAGUUUACGAAUAUCGUAAUACCUACUGUAAAGUCAGAAUAAAAUUGACCUAAAGAGGUUUAUUUUUAAAUUGUUUAUUUAAUAUAAUAAUACUUAUCGUUUUUUGUUUAACAAUAUUUCCACUUGUGACGCUAUUUGGCUGUCGGUAGUUGUUUGUAAACUUUUUAAACAAACACUAACCUUAGAACACAGGAGCUUAGGCCCAAGUGGUCCAGACUGCAGUGUUUCUGUGUUUAAAAUUUACUAACGUUAUCAAAGGGCAGUAUUUAAAACAAAUAUAAGUAAUUCUAUUUGUCUAAAUGGAUUGUAUUGCUAUCCUUUUCAUAAUGCUUACGAAAAAGGAUAGCAUUUGUUAGUAUAGCGCUGGCAAUUUAGUUUAGUUUGGUGAUUGUGUACAGAAUUAGCCAUAUUGUUGUAACAAUAAAAAAUCAUUAGAUAUUUUCCUUUGCAGAAUAAAUGAAGGCGUUAAUAUUAUUACUUGAAUAUGGCAGAAAAAGAAAUGCAAUUGUACAUAGUUAAUACAUAAUCUGCAAUCUGCAAGUAGACUUUGUUACACUUUGUUAUUGUAAUUUACUAUGUUUAUUACAGCUGGGAGUAACUACCUACCUACCUACUGAUUUUAUUAAUAUACUUAAUAUUAUUUUUUACGACUUUUUGCAUUUACGGAUGUCCACAAAAUAACUUUUACGCUACUUAUGUAAAUAGUUUUUAAAAAUGUUUGUUAUUUAUUGAGCUUAAUGAUUAAAUACUAUUUAUAAAUGAAGUGGUAA